AUGGGUACUCACCCUAAUGUGCCUUCCUAUCGUCACGAUGACAAAGUACCUCUCAGAGAAUUGAUCUCGAAUGAUCCUAGCAGCUUUUUGGGUGAAGCAGUAAUUGAGAAGUUUCAGACAACCUCUGAGUUGCCCUUCUUGUUCAAGGUCCUAUCGAUCAGGAAAGUUCUAUCGAUUCAAGCCCAUCCAGACAAGUCUUUGGGAAAGAUUUUGAGGGCUCAGGAUCCAAAAAACUAUCCCGACGAUAAUCAUAAGCCGGAAAUGGCCAUCGCUGUCACUGACUUUGAAGGUCUAUGUGGUUUUAAGCCAUUGGAAGAAAUUGCUGAUGAAUUGAAGCGUAUUCCAGAAUUGAGAGCUAUUGUCGGUGAUGAAACUGCCGAAGACUUUAUCCAAAAUAUAAAACCGAAAGCUCCUAAGGGCUCUCUUGAUGAUGAAGCUAACAAAAAGCUCUUGCAAGCAAUUUUUGGAAAAGUGAUGAAUGCUUCAGACGAGGUUGUUGCUCAGAAUGCUCGCUCUCUGGUCAAAAGAGCUGAAGCAAGGCCAGAAGACUUCAACAAGCCAGAUUUACCAGCACUGAUCAUCAAUCUGAAUAAGCAGUUUCCAGAUGAUGUUGGUUUGUUUUGCGGCUGUUUGCUGCUAAAUCAUUGUAAAUUGAAGGCCGGUCAGGCCAUCUUCCUGAGAGCGAAAGACCCUCAUGCUUACAUUAAUGGUGACAUCAUCGAGUGCAUGGCAGCGUCUGAUAAUGUUGUCAGAGCAGGUUUCACUCCUAAAUUCAAAGACGUGAAGAAUCUCGUCGAUAUGCUGACUUACACUUACGACCCUGUUGAGGAACAAACUAUGAAGCCAAGCGGAUUUGCGAGAUGUUCCGGUGCUGGCAAAGCAUUAUGUUUUAACCCACCCAUUGAAGAAUUCGCUAUUAUUCAGACCACUUUUCAAGAAUCUACAGGAUCCAAACACUUUGAGGGGCUUAAGGGCCCUAGCAUUCUGAUUGUCACUAAGGGAACCGGUAUGAUUGGUACUGGCGCUAAGAAACUGAAGGCUGAACCUGGUUUUGUUUUUUUCAUUGCUCCCGACACUCCUGUUGAUCUGGAGACAGACGACAAUGACUUUGUCAGUUACAGGGCUUUUGUGGAAACUGAUUGA